GGUGGAUCUAAACCUUCCUUAAGCUCUUUGAUAUCUUCUCUGUACGAUUUGAUCGACGAGUCGCAUCAACUUACUUCGACUCUGAGAGCAUGGAUGGAGAGCUCAGUAUAACAGGUCUUUUGGCGAUCGGUGGGACAUUGAAGUCUACAGAGCUUCAACUACAAGCUAUCAGAGACUUAUUGCGUCGAAAGAAGGAAGCUAUUCCCAAGGGCAAGAUCUCUUCGUUUUUGAAUUUCGCUACUCUGUUUGAUAUCAAGAUGGCCAAAUAUGAGAUUGAUACUCUCCAAGGACCAAUCUCUCAUCUUACUGAGGUUUAUAUGAACAUGGCAAAGACGUUGCAUCCAGAGUUGUUUUCAGAUGAUACAAAUAUAUGUUUGAUCCAAGAAGAGGCCAAUAACAGCACUAGCCCUGAGGCGAUGGUUCUCUCCCCAAGUCCAAACGAGAAUAUACAGCAGAACAACCAACUUCAAAAUGAACCGGAACCAGUGAGGCAUGAAAGCAAGAAAGACAAGAGUUGGUUUAGUAACAAAAGUUGGAUAGGCUCGUGCAUGAAAGUAAAGGAGUGAACAUAAGGAGCAGGGUGUUUAGAGUUGUUUUACUAAUUCGUAUCUCUAAUAUCAGACAGUAGUUAGCAGUUUUCUCUAGUAUGUUGAGAAUAUAUUUUAUAAACCUUGUCCCCCACUUCUUGGCCCUCUC